AUGAGCGCACCCCACGGCACCAAGCGCCCGGCUGACGGCGCCCUGGACGGCGAGCAGCGUCUGAGCAAGCGCUUCGACCUGCUGAACCUCGACAACGCCCACAAGAGCGCCCGCCUGUACCUGCCCGUGUCUAGCCCGAGCUCCACGUCGACGCCCACUACAUCACCGACACGCACACGCACAACCACUUCCACGCCGCUGGCCCCGCAUGUCCCCCAACCACAGCGCCAACACGCGCCCCCCACCACCACCGCCGCCGACGCCAUGCUGGUCGAAGACACCCCGCACCGCCUCUACAUCCACGACCUGGCCGCCGAGCUGAGCGACCUCGAGUCCGACGACGAGCACCCCGUCUUCCUGUCCGACAUUGAGAAGCACCUGUCCAAGAUCCCGCGGCACCUGCUGCUGGGCCCGCCCCCCAACCCCACAGAGCACAACCAGCUCGUUCUCUACAACGUCCCCGCCAGCCUGACCCUGCCCGAAGAGCACGACAACGUCCGCAAGGCCAUUGUCGAGGCGAGGCAGCGCAUUCGCGACAAGCAGCUCAGUCCCGUCACCGAGCCCGAGAGGGUCAUGCUACAAGCCGAUCCUGCUGCUAUAACCAUGCCUCGCGACCACGACAACGACGACGACGACGACGACGACGAUGCUGAUGCCAUGGAUCUGGACUGA